AUGGUUACUACUCGCGCCCAGUACAGGGCCCAGGUCAUUGCGACGAAUACCAUGACACGAGCCCAGACCCGGAGCAUGGCCAGCACGGGUCAUCCGAUUGCCAGAGCAGCAAGGAGAGUCAGACGACGAGCAGCAGCACUGCCGCCACCACCACCACCAAUAAAAGCUUCAGCCGACCAGAUAUUCUGGCGCAGUCGAACGCUGUCCGCUAUGCGCUCAGCAGCCAUUGCGAGCCAAGCGUCCGUCUCAGCAGCUCUGGCCCUCUCUCCAACCUACGUCCCAGGGUCUGCAUCAGCAGCUCUAGGCGUGCCAGUCCAGCUCCAAGCCGGACAGCAGCAGCAGCAGCAGCUCAUCGCAAUCCAACCAGCAGCCAUCAACCCUCCUGCCGCACCAGUUCCAGGACCAGCAUACCGCUCUCCAUACACCAAGCUCCCUUCCCCAACUUCCGCACCCUCCGCACCUCAACCAACCCAACCACAAGCUACUGCUCCGACUCCGACUUCGACUCCGACUACCGCCAUCCCCCCCCUCUUCCCAUUCGGCAUCGGCCACCCCCUCCUCGCACCAACCCACGUCCAACCAACCACCCCCCUCCUCCCCCUCGCCAGCUACCGCCGCGCCGCCGAGCUCAACCACAUCAUCAAGCCGUACCCGACGCGCACAGCCGUCGGCGACUUCCGCAGUGAUCUCGUGCGCGCCAUAGCCCGUCAAGAUGCCAAGCGCGUCGCGCACCUCUGUGCUCGCGUCCGCACCCGGAGGUCGGACCUGAAUCUGAAUUUGCAGCGAGGGAUGCUGCUGGUCAGGCACCGCCUGAAGCUGAGAUGUGAGGGGCGGGGAUGGGAUCAUAGGGUGAGGGAGAAGAGGAGGUGUUUGAAGGGGGUGGAGAGGGCGGAGAGGCUUGAGAGGGGAGAGAAGGGGUGGGAGUUGGCGAGGGUUUGGGAGGGGAGUUGGUUGAGGGCUGUGGAGUCUGUUGCAGAGGUGGAGUGA